AUUCUCGUCACGUUUUCUCAUGCUUGAGAGUGUGCCGUAGAAGGUAUUUACGCUUGGCCCAAGAACAGGCCUAUGUUGAAACGGGCGGGCGGCCGGGAAGGCUCGUGACAAGUGCAGGAAACAGCCUUGUUAAUGUGGCUCGCUUUCAGGAUGGCAACCCUUGUUCAUCGCUUCUCGAUCUUGCCCUCGCUUCCAUCACACAGUCCAACCUCCUCCUCGUGCCGUCUUGACUACAGUACACAUACUCUCUUCCCUUUGCGGUUAUUAUACAGUCGGUCGCACAGCCACUUCCCCUUAGUAACCGGCCGAGCCCUCACGUGCUGGGCAUUUAGAAUGUUACGCCCCAAGGCAGAAAAAGUAUCUGCGAACCAUACCAUACCAUCUUAUCGAAUUCUUUUGUGGGAGGCGCAGUUAGCCGGACGAUAGCUCGAUGCGAGGGGCAUGUAUGCCGAGUUUUACCCAUGCCGCCUCCAUGUGAUAUCCUCAUAACAAGACCAUGUCGUUGUUGGUAGACAAUGUGAUCGGGUUGCCUCAUUUCUGGUGGAAUAUAUACCAGUUUGGACCUUCACUG